GAAAAGCCUAAGGCCUUCACCAUCAAGUACAAAAGACCCAGAGGAAGCAGAGCAUGUACAGUUUGUCGUUCAAGAAAAGUCAGAUGCGAUGCGGAAAUACAUAUCCCAUGUACCAACUGUAUCACCUUUGGGUGUGACUGUGUGCUACCAGAAGUGAAAAAGAGAGGUAACUCAUCGCAGGACUCCAAACCCAAACGAAGACAGACCGUGUCAAUUUCUAGCAAAGAUAAGAUUACUGUAAAUGACGAACACGACCACUCUUCUGCUAGCGACAUCAACAACGGGUCGAAUAGCCAACCUUCGGCUUCAUUAGAAAAGCCAUCUGACACUUCAUCUUCUGCAACUUCUGGAGCUUCGUCAAACGAACCGAUUCUAAACAUCUCCAGCGUCAGCAUUCCUCCGUCGUUAACGUCAACCUAUAAGACACGUCCAUCUAUACAUAAGCGAGAGCUUGUCAGUUCCAAUAACCGUGCUGCCUUGACCUUUUUGGGCUCAUCCUCUGUUGGAGUCGUCGUCCAGAGGGUUGGGGAAAAUCAUGUCCAGUUGACCUCUGACAUUUAUGACUUCACAGACAAUUCCAUGGAUGCAGUAGAAUUGGAAAUCCUUAAGUUGAGAGGUGCUUUCUUAUUGCCUUCUUUUGAAUUGCAGCUUGACUUGAUCAACUCGUAUUUUGAACAUGUCCAUCCGUUGAUGCCAGUGCUCAACAGGACACAGUUCAUGUACAAGUUCAAUGAUCCCAACGAUAAUCCCUCGCUAAUGUUGCUUCAGGCGGUGUUACUUUGUGGCUGUAGGGUUUCCCGUAAUCCCCUUCUUUUUGACUCCAAAGGGUCCAGCGACCUUGCAGCUUUGACAUUUUUUAGAAGAGCUAAAUCAUUAUAUGAAGCAAAUUACGAAAGCGAUCCAGUUUCGGUCGUUCAAACCUUGAUCUUGAUUGGUUCGUACUGGGAAGGACCAGAAGAUGUCACGAAGAACUCGUUCUACUGGACCCGUGUAGCUGUGGGUUUGGCACAAGGUUUUGGUUUCCAGAGAGAUGUUAACAACUCGAAGAACUUGACCACUUCUGAAAAGAAAAUAUGGAGGAGGAUUUGGUGGUGUCUUUUCGAAAAGGAUCGUAAUGUGGCAAUUGCUUUUGGACGACCUUCUGUUAUUGAUUUGAAUGAUUGUGAUGUGCCUAUGCUUACUCUUGAUGAUUUCAACGAAGACGACCCUGAAUUAGAAAUUAAGUCGCCAUAUCCUGUAAAUGAGACCGAAGCACUUUAUUUUAUUCACUUGGUUAAACUUGCGGAAAUCACCGGAAUCAUCAUUAGGCACCAGUACAGUGUCAAGUCGGAACAAUUGAAGAGAAAGAAUAAGUUCUCCAUCAUCCAACACUGUGACAUGUUGAUGGGUAUAUGGUUCACCAACUUACCUCCCCAGUUGGUUUUCUCCUUGACAGAUCAGUCUACUCAGAACUUCUACUCUUGUUUGUUGAACGCGCAGUAUUACAACAGAUUAUAUCUUAUUCAUCGUUCCAACUUGAUACGAAUGGCCAAAUCUUCGUCUACUGACCCCAACAACUAUAAAUAUCCAUCUUGGGGUAUUUCUUUCCAGUCUGCCAGAAUGAUUUCCAUCAUCUCCAAGAUUCUUCUUGACGGCGAUCAGAUAAAGUACUGUCCAGUAAUGUAUGUGUACAUUGCUUUCAGUGCGUUGGUGAUGUUGAUCUACCAUGUUGACUCUUCCAAUAGUGUUAUUGCCUCUACUGCUUCUGAUUCGUUGUUUGUUUCCAGAGCUGUUCUUCGUGAAUUAGCAGGUUACUGGCCCGUUGCUGGCGUCUUGAUGAAGUUCUUUGACAAGUAUGCCAACGACAAGAUCAAAAGAGCUAAGGUUAUUGAAAAUGGAACUAGAAUAGCUGAGUUCCAGGAAUUGCAUGCGAAUCAGAACGACCAAAAAAAUGGUAAGGGUUACUUUGAACACGUAUCGAAUAAUAACGCAGCAAUUAAGAAGGAAGGUCCUUAUCUUACAGGAAACUCUCCUUCAGGAGUUUCUGCUACUUCAGGGGUCUCACCCGGAGGAGAAAUCUAUAACGAUUAUCAAAAAGCACAGUAUAAGAAUCCAAACAUUGACGAAUUGGUUCAACAGUACAAGCAGAAAGAUACCUCGGCCCAGAAGCUUCAAAAAGACAAAACGGUUGAUACAUCGCCUGCUUCAUCUACGCAGUCGUUUCCAAAUAUAUCAUUAGUUACUGAAAAAUUGCCAGCCAACCACAAUUUUUUUGAGAACUUCGAGCCCACUCAGUUGUUCCCUGAUAUUAGAUAUAGUUACCCACCUACUCGCGUUCAUUCCCCUAGUGCUGAAGCAUCUGCAGAGCCUAUUGGUAGCAACGUCUAUGCCAACGUGAGACAUCGCCCUACUAAUGAUGGGUCUGACGUUGUUGAUGAAGCUUAUCCUUCGACUACCCCAGGAGCUUCCUCGUACACUAAUUUUAUCGAUAGCUCGUUCAUCAACAUGAACUUGCAAUCAGGUAUUGAAAACAGCUCUUUGACAGACGACAUAGCAUCUUUGUUCAACUUGAAGUACUAA